ACGCGGGAUAUAAACUAGUGUUUGUUUAAAAUGAAGGAAAAUUAGUCAAGUAUUUCUUUCCUUUCUCUUCAUUUCUAUUCUUAAAUAAAACCUCUGAAACACAGCGUUUUGCUGAUCUGUUUGUCACAAAGACAAAAACCCAACAAAUAAAUAACCCCACAUAAUUAGAAUUAACCCCAAAAGCACACUAUCUGUGAACACACAGCACAGCAGCUCGUCAAUGGCGGUUUCAAUCUCCGUUGUCGUCGUCAUCGUUUCUCUCCACCUCCUGGCCUUCGUCCUCGCAAUCGGCGCCGAACGACGUCGUAGUACGGCGAAAGUUGUGCCCGAUCAGUAUGACGAGUACGAUUACUGUGUGUACGCUUCCGAUGCGUCCACAGCUUACGGUUUAUCGGCGUUUGGAUUGUUGUUGAUUAGCCAGACGGUUGUUAACGGCGUUACCAAGUGUUUGUGUUUUGGUAAAGGUCUUGUGAGGAGUAGGAUGAGAAGUGUGGCAAUUUUCUUCUUCGUUUUAUCCUGGAUCAGCUUUCUUGGGGCAGAAGCAUGUUUGCUUGCAGGAUCUGCAAAAAAUGCUUACCACACUAAAUAUCGAGGCAUCUACCGUGGUAAUGAGCUGUCUUGUGAAACCCUACGCAAAGGCGUGUUCGCUGGUGGGGCCGCCUUGACAUUAAUCUCAAUGGCAGCAUCAAUCGUCUAUUAUGUGGUCCAUUUGAAGGCGGAUACGGGUGGAUGGGAAAGGCAUGAAAACGGACUGUCUAUGACAUCUUUAGAGAAUCCGGAACAAGGUGGCGUGGGUCGGUUUGAAAAGCUUUAAUCAAUCUACAAUCGGUAUAGUAUCGUUAAUGUUUGUUGUAUUGUAGAAAAGAAGAGGAAAAGUAAACAUAAAGCUUAAGAUACGCGUAAGCUUAUUUAUGUUGAAAUGCUAGUAAAAUGUACAACUCGUCUUGUAUCUGUUAUAGUGUUAUGUAAAGGUUUCAGAUCCUGCUUUCAAACAUUUUCUGGUUUGGGCUGGAACUCGAAAGUCCGGUUUUGGACAGUUUGUGGUCCAAAUGUUUGGUUCAUGGUUUGGUUAUGGCAACUUAAUGGUUUGGUCAGGUUUGGAAGUGGAACCACUAUUGUAUAUCGAACCGACUGUUUAACUUUUAUUAUUUAUGCAUCUUCUUUUCGUUUU